AUGGUAGCCCUCCAUACCCUGCCAAACGAGAUCCUCUCGCUCAUCACGAGCCAUCUUGAUCGACCCCGGGAUGUACUCAGCCUUUCCCUUAGCAGUCGCCGCCUCGCCGAGUUUGCGCAACUCGACGGAUGGAAAGCGCUACUCAAAGGACGAUUCAGCCUUGGCGGACUCGACUCUGACGCCCGUGACGCGGUUCACGGGCUGACCACGCUGUAUCGCAACUGGGCCCGCAAAGGCUUCAUCGCAAAAUAUCUGGAGCCCACUGACAAGGUAACGAGCUUCAACACCUGGCGGCCUGAGAAAUGGAGAGGCCCCCAAGGUCAAACCAUGGGCUACCAGCCGAGCAUCGACGCCUAUGAAGAGACAUACAAUGGGUGGGGAGAGCGACGAGAAGUACUGGCCUGGUCUGCCGGUAUUCAAAUCGUUUUGAGAACAAGAGAAACGGGCGCAAACAUAGAAAAGAUUAGACAACGGGAGCAAGACAUGGCGGAGCAACGUGACCAGACGUGGACCUAUGACACCUUCAAGCACCUAAACACGUGGUUUACAUACAAGAUCCCGGAAAGCUUCGAGGGUCGCGAUGACAUUACACAGCUCAAACUGCUUCGGCCGUAUCAGCGGCAUCUGGCUUACGAAGACGUUGUUUUUGGGACUGCAUCGGGUAACCUGUCGUUGUUAAGUGUUAACCCCGAUUUGGGUCAAACAUUGCUACAGCAAUAUGAAACUGGCCAGAGAGGCGUGAAUGAUCUUUCAGUGUCUUCAUCGAGCGCGCCAAUGGUGGCUGCCGCACUUGCAGACUCUUCGCUGGCGCUGUACUCGCUGGAUCGCGACUACACGUCGGACACAAAGAUCAAACACUCGUCAGAAGUCAAGACGUCGUUGGCCGGUGCGCCGCUUGGUCGGCUGUGGUCUUGCGAGUUCCUGUCCAACGACAAGGUUGCCGUUGGCUGGGGACCCAACACCGAACCAAUCGAGGUAUACCAUAUUGGCGCCGACGGCUUUGCGCCUAUGCCCCUUCGCAGCUUCAACUCCAUCACUGGCAAUCCGGCAACCUCUCGGCCCACCUCGGUCUAUCCAAUCUUGCCCAUACCGAGCACCGCAUACGGCGGCUCUGAGCAAGGCAACACGUUUCUUUCGGGCGGCUACGAUGGCCUCAUCCGACUGCACGACAUGCGCUCUCCACGCGGCUUCGAGCAGACCUUCUGGGAUCCAACCAACGACUCUCCCAUAUACUCACUCGCUGCCCAGGGUGUGCAACGCAUAGUAGCAGGCGUGGCCUUGCACAGCAUGAUCAAAGUAUUUGACUUGCGCCUGUCUGGAUCUCGCCCAUACCAUAGUGUCGCGCUGCCGUCCUCUAGCUCUAGGAGACGCACUAACACACUCAUUGAUAAUUCCAAAAGACAUCCAUCGACUAUAAGCGGAGGUUGGAAUCUCUAUCUCAAUCCACGCAUCCCGCCACCACGCCAUGCCUACCGCCACGACUACUCGCGCGUACGCGAAGACUCGCCUGUCUACAGCCUCUGCAUUCCAUCGCCCACGUCGCAAAACCUGUAUGCAGGUCUUGAGGGCGCAGUGCAAAGCCUCACUUUCCACGGCAUCGCAGACCCCCACCCCGACCCUAUGCUUUCCUACUCGGUGACGCGCUUCGAUGAUGGCGAUACCAUGGACCCCCAGAGUUCGUUUAAUCCCAAAGGCGACGCGCUGGCGCUCGGAAUGUACGAGCAGGGUACGGAAGAGGGACUUGGCAUGCAGCUGCUGGUGCAGGAUGGUGUGACAGCCAAGGCGGCCAGGCGAGAGCGAAGAGAAGCAGCGCGAGAAAAAGGGCUAGACGAGCGGUGGAUAGAUCUUCGUGAAGAGGGAGAUCGGUGGGCUAGAGGCGAGGUCCCGCGAGGUGGACAAUCGCGAGGCCAGAGACAGGGUCGUGGACGGGGAAGAGGGCGAGGCAGGACACGAGGUGGCUAGAAGGUGCCGUGUUCACUUGUGCAUGUUUGUUCGCAGUAUUGUCGAGUCAUUGCUCUCGCCUUGGGCGAGUAGUGUAGAGAUAGAGAUAGAAAUCCAUAGAAAGAGC